GAGCAAGCUUUGUCUCAGUGUAAAUCUAUCGACUACGUUAUCCCGAAUAAACGAGUGUUGCGUUCCGUUGAGGAGACCUUCGCUGAUAUCAAGAAUUUCAGCCGACAUGUCUGGAAGCAGAACCUUGAUAUCCGCGGCGACGGUGCUUCUUCUUCUCCAGCUGGUUGUGCCUGCUGUGACGUCACCGGUGAGCGGAGAACUGCACUCGUUCCCAUACCACCUCAGGGACGUCUUCCUCUUCGACAAGGAGGUCGCCGGGAUCCUGAGACAUAUUGUUCCUCCUACGCCUGAGUCUGAGAGAUACCUCGAAUCCUACGCCGGGACGAUCCUGGACGCAAUGACAGCUGGAGGAGACGUGCUCGACGAAGCGAUUCUGGGAAACCCUCUGCAGGUGUUCGCUCUCAUCAAGCGCAUGGUGCUCUACUGGCCUCGCCUCAAGGACGCCGUUUAUAAUACUACAAAGGCAAAAGAGAGAUGUCACGAUAAGACCGAGAACUGCGACGCCUGGAUACGCGAGCGGGGCUGUGACGCGCAACAUGUGGACACAAUCUGCUCUUACUCCUGCGGGUUUUGUCAGGUUGAAGGACUGUAUUCCACCGUCCCGACAUACCCUGCCCGCACUUACCCGUGGGCCACAAGCGAGCCACGGACGCUGGCCCGGUGGGAUGAACGCCUGGCGUGUGGCUUUAUAACGACCGGCUCUCUCCAGACAGUUUCAGAUCACUGUAAGCCCAAGGUCUAUGUGCACAAUGAUCCUGCUUGA